AUGCAGCAAGCUGAUCAUAAUGGCCAUGGCAAAGUCGUUCUCAUGCGAGUUCUUGCUGCCACCUUGUUAGGUUUCACCAUUGCUGCUGCAGCUCACUGUUAUCGGAGAAAAUCAAGAGCUAAAAGAGACCAGCACAUCAUUCCACGCUUAGACAGGACAGAAUCUAGCGGUUUUGGAAACCUUGAAAGAUUCCCCCAUUAUGUUGCUAGGAAAAUGGGAUUUGCAGAUCCAAAUGAGUGUCCACAGCUAUGCAAAUUGGCUUAUGAUUAUCUGGAAAGAUCUGAAGGGUGUGAAAAUAACAUCUUUGACUAUUUUGCUAAUCUACCUGAGGCUGAAUCUUUAUUUGUGAAGUUGUUAGAAGAGUUUGAAUGA